AUGAAUGCAUCCGACAUCUUCAACCAGGGUUUCAUGGCCAUACCCCGACCACCGCCAACCUUCUUCCAGCCGCCGUCAAGAAGGCCCGGGGCUGCACCACGCCGGGAUAACGACAACAGCGGCGACGGCCCUUCAAACCGCAUCGCGCACACCCUGACGGCCUGUUGUCGCUGUCGACAGCGGAAAACACGAUGCGACCCUACACUACCGAAAUGUCUGCCCUGUGAGCGUUCCGGCUCCAUCUGCGAAUACUACGACAGCACCAAAGGCUGCAAGAUCAGCCGUUCCUACGUUGUCAGCUUGCAGAAGAAGGUGCGCCAGCUCGAGGCCGAGCUUGCCCAGUACACCGAGGAGGACCUGCCCCAGGACACCGAGGAUAUGAUCCGUCCCGGCGGCCUCGUCAGGCUGAGCGACAGCGACGAGACGCCUCGCUAUCUGGGUCCCAGCAGCGGCAUCGCCAUGACCCGGUUGCUGAUGGAGCAGGCCAAGCGCUACACCGAGUGGCAGUGUAUCUCAGAGCUCAUUCCCAAGCUUCAGGCGCGCCGCAGAGAACGGCUGGAUCGCAUGCACAGCAUCGCCGGCAUGAAUGGCGGUCCCGACGUCGGCGGCAGUGGCAUCCGCAAGAAGAGCUAUCCCAUGAUCAGCGCCCACCCGGCACCAGGCCUUCCCACGCGACCCAUGGCCGAGAUGUUGUUCAAGCUCUUCAACUUAAGAGUUCAGGUGCUGACGCCUUCCCUGCACGACCGCAUCUUUGCCGCCGACGUGGAAGACGUCUUUAGCGGGACCAACGAUCCUUACCAAAACUUUGUCGUCCGCAUGGUUGUCGCCAUCAGCCUCCAAAAAAUGGACACGCAGUAUGCUGGCUUGGCAGACAGCUACUACCUGGCCGCCAUGGAGCACUUUGAAGAUGUCAUCCGCCCCAAGGACCUGCGCACCCUGCAGUGCUUGUCGCUGAUCAGCCAGUAUUCCUUGCUGACGCCGACGCGCACAAACGUCUACCACAUUGUCGGCAUCGCUACGCGUAUCUGCCACCAGUUGGGCAUAGCCGAUGCCGAAAGCAUCGGCCGCAGUGGUGGCGCCUACGGAAUGGACCCUCAGACUCUGGACAUGCGGCGGCGAGUCACCUGGGCUAUCGCCAUGAUGGAGCUGGGGCUGGCUGAGACGAUGGGACGGCCGAAUGGCUUCGCCAAGGGCAACGAUCGGCUUGACAUUGGCUUCUUCGCCGAUGUGGACGACGAGUACAUUACCGAAGCCGGCAUCCAGCCAGGGCCACCGUCCCCGAAGAAGCGAGUUGCCAUCCAUUUUUGCAAGAUGCACCUGCAUCAAGCCGAAAUCCGCCGUACUCUCUACGAAAAGAAGCGCGCCGAGCCACGCAGUGAGAGCCAUCCUUGGUUCGCACAGAUGGAGAAGUCGAUCCGCGACUGGUGCGACUCCUGCCCCGAGGAGCCGGCUUGGUGCAAGCCAUGGUUUACCGGCCGUUACCACGCCAUGAUUAUCUUGCUGUUUCGCCCAUCGCCCCAGGUGUCGAAGCCGUCUCCAGCCUCGGCACUCAAAUGCUUCCAGUCUGCUGCUUAUGUCAUCAACCUCGGCAGCGAACAGGUCAAGAGGCGUGCCAUCGACAUCACGUGGAUCUUCCUUCUUACCAUCUACACCUCCAUCAACGCCGUUCUUUGGUCUGUUUCCUACCCGGAGGUUCGCCAGGCACACCCGCGUGAGGAAAUUGAAGAGUUGGUGAACACGUCCCUGAACAUUAUCGACCAGUGCUCUGAGCGAUGGCCCGGAGCAUCGGCUGCAUCGCAGCUCUACACCAUCUUUUCCAAAGCCUGCCUGCAGAGCUAUGAUUCCAUCGAUGAAGACGAGGGCCCUUCAGGAUCCGCAUCCCCAUCUGCUCCCUCAUUCAACACUGCACACCGCAUGUUUCAAGACGGCACCAUUCCAUCGCCCUCGUCACAGUAUGACCCCAACUCGCCAGCUGUUUCAGAGGUAUCGUCCAUGCCCACGACGAUGUCCCACAACUCCAGCCAGCAGCAUCAUAUACAGCAACACCAGCAGCAGCAGCAGCAGCAGCAACAUCAGCAGCAGCAGCAGCAGCAACACCAGCAACAGCAACACCAGCAACAGCAACGGCAACCGCCGCCGAUAUUUCACACCCCGCAGUUCGGAGAUGCAGCCCCCAAAGCUGAGCCAGAGACUGUCAGCGCAGAAGAGUUCCAAUUUGGCGAGCCCUUCGCUCCCAGCCAACCGCAAUUCCGCUCUGGGUCCAUCUUCCUUAAUCCCCCAUCCGCGGAACCCUUAGGACGCCGCUUCUCGUACUUUCCCCCAGAAGCCCCCCCGGCAAUGGGGAACGGUCCCGACAGAGAAUUAGCCUCGGCCCCUCAUGUCUUGCCUAGCCAGCCAAGCAGCAUGUUGUCCAUGUCUCCGUUAGUACCGUCAACCCCUGACACGCUGGUGCCGAUGUCAGCCCCCAGCACCAUAGGAGCCAUGUCGCCCGUGACAGCUCUGACCAGCUUGUCGUCUCCGGCACCGACGCCCAACACGCGACACAUCAGUCCUGGGCCUGUCGGCAUGGGAGUUAGUUCAGGGCCUAUGCACCAGGCCAUCAGCUAUGAACCCCCCGAAACACCACAGUCUCAGCUGGCGCAGGCAACUCAGAGACAGACGAUCCCACAGCAAGACAACAUGCCACAGCAGCAGCAGCAGCAGCAGUCACAGAGGACGGCCUACGCGAUGCCCUAUCAGACACAGACGCACCCUGCGCACAGCGCACCUCUUUCGGCCGACCCUCAUCAGCAGCAUCCGCUACCGACGUCGGGCAUGGGCUGGUAUUCGCCGCAUCCGCCGUUCAUGUCGUCGUACACAUUUGGCGGCAUGGGUGGUGGCGCGACGUACCUGUCGGAUCCGUCGGCCGCCAUCUCCGGCUAUGGCCUGGGCGGUUUCGGCGGCAUGACGACGAUUGGAGGGCUCACGGGAAUUCCUGGCAGCCAGGGGAUAAUGGACGGACACUUGGUCCUGGGCAAUGGUGGCCCCGGAAACGGCGUUCCGGACUCGCUGCUGCACAACCCGUUCGAGAUGGCCGUGGCUAACAGCAGCCAGCCGAACCCGGACCGGCAGGGAAGCCUGUCGCAGGAGCAGCAGAUGGAGCUCAUGGACGUGUUGGAGACGGAAGGCAUGGGGGAGAUCAACUCGUUCCUCAGCAUGAACAUGAACCUGGACAGCGCAACGGCGCACAACAACGGCAUACACUGGUAG